GAUUACUGGGAGUUGUAGUCCCGACCUGAGCGAGCAGACAUGGCGACCUGCGUAGCGGGAAGCCACGCAGUCGUCAUGGGUCUGGUGGGGAAUUUUCGAGCCGCCAGACCGCUGCUCUCCGCGCCAGCCUCUGUUUUCUGCGGGGCCAGCCGGCCGCAGAGCACUGGACCUUCCCGGCCUGGCGCGUUCCAGCCGCCGCAGAAGCCAGUUAUCGUGGACAAGCGCCGCCCCCCGCCCCGGGAAACCAGGUUUUUGAGUCCUGAAUUCAUUCCUCCAAGGGGAAGAACAGAUCCUCUGAAAUUUCAACUAGAAAGAAAAGAUAUGUUAGAAAGGAGAAAAAUACUGCACAUUCCAGAGUUCUAUGUUGGAAGCAUACUGCGGGUUACUACAGCCGACCCAUAUGCCAGUGGAAAAACCAGCCAGUUUCUGGGAAUUUGCAUCCAGAGAUCAGGAAAAGGACUCGGAGCUACUUUCACGCUUAGGAAUACUAUCGAAGGACAAGGUGUUGAGAUUUGCUUUGAACUUUAUAAUCCUCGGGUCCAGGAGAUCCAAGUGGUCAAAUUAGAGAAACGGCUGGAUGAUAGUUUGCUAUACUUAAGAGAUGCCCUUCCAGAAUACAGCACGUUUGAUGUGAAUAUGAAGCCAGUAGCACGAGAGCCUGGCCAAGAAGUUCCUGUUAAUAAGUUGAAAGUGAAAAUGAAGCCUAGGCCCUGGUACAAACGGUGGGAACGUCCAAAUUUUAAUAUUAAAGGAAUCAGAUUUGAUCUUUGCUUAACUGAAGAACAAAUGAAAGAAGCUCAGAAAUGGAGUCAGCCGUGGCUUGAGUUUGAUAUGAUGAGAGAAUAUGAUACUUCAAAAAUUGAAGCUGCAAUAUGGGAUGAAAUUGAAGCAUCAAAAAAGUCCUGACUUGAGAAUUAAUUUGGUUCCCUGCAGAAGGAUAUAUUGACUCCCUGAGGAUUUGAGACCUAUUUAAUUUCAUUUAUAAGAACAUAGACAUUAAAUGAACCAAAUAUUAUUUUAUUAGUACUUUUUAAAAAAGUAUAACAAUUGCACACAAGUU